UCGUGUCCUUUCGAUGCCGAAUACCCAUUUAUUAUGUAAACUCGUACGGAGGGGAAGGCUGGGGACAGCAAUUGUCCACGCAGUGCCAAUCUAUUGCCAUCCACCCUCUUCUCCUAUAAUAUGCCCUCUGAUGCAAUAGCCACCAACAACCUCUUAUCUUCCUCUUCAACAUCCAAAAAAGUAAAACCAAUUACACUCUCUCUUAUUACCAACACACACUUUACACUUGUAUCAACCCAAAAAUGGCUUCGUCUCUCACCCUUCUUAACCACAAUCUUACUUCUCCACUCCCUUGUCACACUCCCAGGACUCAGUCUUCUGUUUCUCAAUGCGUCCCAAUUCUAUCCAAAUCAUCAAAGUCUCAGUUUUAUGGCCUUAACUUCUCAUACUCUUCUUCUCCUUCAAUCCCUUCUUUUUCCUCUUUUAGGACUUCCAUUUCCGCCCAGGUCAACAAAGGUUCAGUGCCUCCACCGUUCACGUUAAAAGAUCAGGAUGGGAAAAAUGUGAACCUUUCCAAGUUUAAAGGAAAGCCUGUGGUUGUCUAUUUCUACCCUGCCGAUGAGACCCCUGGCUGCACCAAGGAGGCGUGUGCUUUCCGAGAUUCUUAUGAGAAGUUUAAGAAAGCAGGAGCUGAAGUUAUUGGAAUAAGUGGUGAUAGUCCAUCAUCACACAAGGCAUUUGCCAAUAAAUACAGACUUCCAUUUACAUUGUUGAGUGAUGAGGGAAACAAGGUGGGCAAAGAGUGGGGAGUUCGAGCAGAUCUGUUUGGAAUGUUGCCUGGGAGACAGACCUAUGUUCUUGACAAGAAAGGGGUGGUGCAACUCAUCUACAACAACCAGUUUCAGCCUGAGAAGCAUAUAGAUGAAACCUUAAAAGUACUUAAAACCUCCCAUUGUAAUUGCUAUCGCUGUUGGACUUGGACCUUCAUCACAAGUAAACCAGCUGAUAAUUUCUGGUCUAGGAAAUUGAGCUACCCCUGUUCCCUUGGAUUUACAAGGUAUGAGAAUUCUAUGUUCAAUUAUCAACAUAGUUUGAUGUUGUUAAGUCUUAUAGUGAAUCUAGCAUGGAUGCCUCAUCUCUGCCAUAGGAAAAACAGCAGUCAGUACUCACAAUCCCACUAGCCCUCACUGGGGCUACUAAGGACUUGAGCUACCAAUUCUGGUAUGAGGAGAAUGUAUUCAGUUUCUUUACUAAAAUUCAUUACGGUGAUGUAAUCAACUGAAGUGGAAAUGGUGGGAGAUGUUGACUUCUGAUUGACUUUUGGACAAGUUUAAUAAUACGAUCUAAACCUAUAUACACUUUAUUGUAAGUUUGAAUUUGCUUCACAUAGUAAGAAUAUAUUUCUUCGCUUAUUUUUUCUUUUUCAGUUGAUAU